GGAAGGAAGCUUUUGUCUGACCGCCGGUAUAAAAAGCUGCGGCGGUGCCUCCUGAGCAGAGACAGAGCAGGAGACAGAGAGAGGAGGAGGUCACCACAGACUGGACACGACAGGAGGAGAUCAGAGUGAAAGUUGGAGAGAGAGAGAGAGAGAGAGAGAGAGAGAGAGAGAGAGGGAGGCAGCAGCGGCAGCGACCUCCUCCCAAACUUCCACUCUGGAAGAGAAGCCAUAAAAUGAAUUCUGACUCCAGCCCCAGCAGCAGAGCCUCUUCCCCGGGCAUGGACGGCAUGUUUCUCCCGCACCACCACCAUCACCACCACCACCUCCACCACCUCAGCACCGUCGCCUCCUCCGUGUCCUCCUCCACCCAGGGCGGUGAGCAGCAGCAGCGAGGACAGAAGACGAGCGGCGGAGACCACCUGCGCCCCGGAGACCCCAAGUCGGUGGGCAGCAGCAGCAGCAGUAGCAGCAGCAGCAGCAGCAGCAACAAGUACAAGCUGAAGAAACAGGUGACGGAGGCGGAGAUGUACCAGCUCAGACUGAAGAUCAACGGCCGAGAGCGGAAGCGCAUGCACGACCUGAACCUGGCCAUGGACGGCCUCCGGGAGGUGAUGCCCUACGCGCACGGGCCAUCCGUCAGGAAGUUGUCCAAGAUCGCGACUCUGCUUCUGGCCAGGAACUACAUCCUGAUGCUGAACAGCUCCUUGGACGAGAUGAAGCGGCUGGUGGGGGAGAUCUACGGCGGACACGCGCUGCCGGGACUCACGUCCAUCCACCGGGCGCCGCACUCCCUGAUGAAGGGCGCCCCGGCCGCGCCCCCGGGUCUGCAGCUGGGCUCAGGCUUCCAGCACUGGUCUGGACUUCCGUGUCCCUGCACCAUCUGUCAGGUGCCCCCUCCUACCCACAUCCCCAUCACCUCCAGCGGCCUAACGAGACUGACGGAGGGCAAGGACGGGAUGAAAUGA